AUGGUGACGUCAUCGCUGGUCACCCUCCUGGUCCUGUGCCUUCUCCUGGAGACCGGAAGUGCGUGGCCCACCACUUCCGGUUCCUGUCCGACCCGCUGCAACUGUCUGUCCGACAGGUCCAUCAACUGCCGGAACAAGAAACUGACGUCAUUUCCGACCAGCAUGCCCGAGGAUACCGUCGAGGCCGACUUUUUCGGCAAUGUCAUCCCGUCCUUGAGUUCGACCUCUCUGGCCAACAUGGCGGCCCUCACGGAGAUCAACCUCGGCAACAACUCCAUAGCAACGUUCCCCGAUGACGUGGGAGGUCUGGCGGACAACCUGUUCCUAGACCUGGGCAGUCUGGAGUACCUGGACCUGAGAAACAACGGCAUCACAGACAUCAAGGUACGUGUGUCGUUUAGAGGACUGGACAAUCUGAACUAUCUCCACAUGGCGUCAAACCCCCUAUCCACCCUCCACAGUGACGUCUUCCAGUACCUCACCAACCUGAAAACUUUGUACAUCAACAACCUGGGGUUGGUCAACUUUACUGCAGACACUUUUAACGGCCUGGGGUCAGUGACGCAGCUGUACAUGCACGGGAACAAGAUCACCCACCUGGAAGGCGGAAACUUCGUCAGGCUCGUCUCACUGCAAAGGCUCUGGCUCUACUCGAACGGGAUGGAGAGUCUUGAUCCUGACGCGUUUAUCGGGCUGACCAGGCUGCAGUACCUGUACCUCUCCAGCAACCUGCUCACGGCCCUGCCUGACUACAGCUUCCAGGAUCUAGGUAACCUGAGAUAUCUGAGCCUGGAGAACAAUCGUCUGACGGAGUACGGGAUAAGUAACCAGACGUGGAACGGUCUGGACAAGCUGGACCAGCUCAACCUGAAGAACAACCGCUUCGUGUGCCUGAACGACUCCAUGUUCUGCUGCGGCAUGCCGGUACUCAGGAUUCUCUAUCUGCAGAACAACCGCAUCAGCUGUCUAGAAGAGGACGCCUUCGAUGGUAUCCCCAAACUGCGGCAGCUGUGGUUGGACAACAACGACAUCGACCAACUGCAGCCAGGACAGUUUGAGGAUCUGGAGAUCCUGCGGCAGCUCGGGUUAAGGAACAACGACAUCACAGAACUGGUGAACAACACCUUCCAGAACCUCCUGGAUUUGGACUAUCUGUACCUGGAGAACAACGACAUUGCCACCAUCGACACAGGAGCAUUCAACGAGCUGACUGACUUGGACCAGCUCAACCUACAGGGCAAUGACCUGACGGUGUUGCCUAGCAACGUGUUCUCCCCGCUGAGCAGGCUGGUGAAGGUGGACAUCAGCGACAACCUCAUCCACACGAUCGAGGACGGCGCCUUCGAGGGCCUGACCAGAGUGACCGAGAUGUACCUGGACAACAACAACCUGUCCAGCGUGAACUUUGACGUCUUCUCGCCGAUGACGCAGCUGAACAAAGUGCAGGUGACGGAGAACAACAUCAUGUGCGACUGCCACAUCUUCUGGAUGCUGGACUGGUUCAACGAGGAGGGGAACGACCUGGUGAACACAGACGCAUUGGUGUGCGCAGGGCCAGAGGAGUUCCUCGGCCUUCCCAUCAUCCCCCUACUGAACAACACUCUGGGCGUGCAGAUCCCAGAAUGCCCCAGUCCGACCCCUAGCGACCGGAACGGGACUGCAGGCGACUGGUGGAGUCUCUAUGGCAACGGGACGACUGGGAACGACGGAAACGGAGCUGGCAGCGGAUCGGGAACAGGAGACGGCAGUUCUGGAUCCGGAUCCGGGUAUGGCGCGGGUUCCGGGUGCAUGUGUGUGACCCUGACUGACCUUCUGCUGUGGCCGCUCCUGGCCUCCGUUCUCACCACCCUGCUCAUCUGUGGCGGCACACUCGCCUACGUCUGCUACAAGAUGUAA